AUGACCGACAAUGCUCUUUCACUUCUUGCCGAGAAAGGUGAACUUCCAACAAGAUUUGGUUCAGCUACACUGGGAAUUCUUCUCCUGCAGGAUAUUGCGGUUUGUCCCCUGUUGGUCAUACUCCCUGUGCUAGAGAGUCAGAAUAUCGUGGAGCGAAGUUUGUGGCCACUUUUACUAGCUGAGAGCUUAAAGGCACUGGGUGGACUUGGCUUACUUUCCCUUGGCGGGAAAUACCUCAUGAGACGCGUCUUUGAGUUUGUUGCAGAGUCAAGGAGUUCAGAGGCAUUUGUUGCGCUCUGUCUUCUUACAGUCGCAGGGACAUCACUUAUCACCCAAAAGUUGGGAUUUAGUGAUACACUGGGUGCAUUUCUGGCUGGAGCCAUUCUUGCAGAAACAAAUUUCCGCACACAAAUCGAAGCUGACAUAAGGCCAUUCAGAGGCUUGUUGCUUGGGCUGUUCUUUAUGACUACAGGGACUUCCAUUGACAUGCAGGUUCUCAUCCGGGAGUGGCCUAAUGUUCUGUCGCUGUUGGGGGGUCUUAUUGCAAUCAAGACAUUGAUAAUUACCGCAAUUGGGCCUAGAGUCGGGCUAACUCUUAAAGAAAGUGUAAGGAUAGGACUGCUACUUUCUCAAGGAGGCGAGUUUGGAUUCGUGGUGUUUUCUUUGGCAAACAGGCUCGGUGUCCUACCACUUGAGUUAAAUAAACUGCUUAUAAUUGUUGUUGUGCUGUCAAUGGCAUUAACUCCGUUACUCAAUGAAGUUGGAAGAAGAGUAGCAGGGAUCAUUGAUGAAAGAUCUGAAGAAAAAGAAAAGCCUGCUGAGAUGGUGAAUUACGGUGCAACCGAACCUGUUGUAAUCCUUGGUUUUGGAGAGAUGGGACAGGUCCUUGCUAAUUUUUUAUCUGCACCAUUGUCAUUUGGAAUUGAGAAAGACACAGAAGGAUGGCCAUAUGUCGCAUUUGAUCUUAAUCCUGCUGUUGUAAAGACUAGCUUGCAGCUAGGUUCAAUGCUUUUGAAAGGACUGGGCGUCAUGUCUGAUGAUGUAUCCUUCUUGAGUAAGCUUGUGAGAGACUCAAUGGAGCUACAAGCUCAGGAAGCCCUAAAAGACAUUGGGGACCAAGAAGUUGAUAUCAUGAAGCCUCUUCAGGUACGAGUGUCAGAUCUAGUGGAGAGCAAUGGUAAUGGUUCAAGAAUGGUAGCCCAGGAGCAAUUGUUAAGUCUAAGUAGCCGCCCAGACAUAAAGGCAAUAAAACCGCCAGUGGCAAAUAGGAUACCUGAUAUGAAGGUGGAAAAUGAUAAGCCAGGAUAUGAUUUUGACAGAGUAGAUUCUGAAGAUGGUGUGGCAUACUGUCUAUUGGAAUCUGAUGAUGGAAGCGAUGAAGCCUCCAGUACAAGCAAGGAAAUGAUUGAUUAA